AUGGCGACAGCGCGUACGCACAUGGACUCGUCCGUGUGGCAGCAGUGGCCGCACCACUCCAUCACCACGCCCGAAGGCAUCAAGGUUCAUUACGUGGACGUCGGUCCACGGGAUGGCCCUCCCGUCGUCAUGCUGCACGGUUGGCCCGACCUCUGGUUCGGAUGGCGGUACCAAAUCCAAGCGCUGUCACCGACGUACCGCUUGAUUGUCCCUGAUGUGCGCGGCUUCGGCCAGAGCUCGACGCCGCAGCAGCUGGAGGCCUACGGCACCAAGAACAUAUCGAAUGACAUCGUUGCCUUGCUCGACGCGCUCAAGAUCGAGAAGGCGGUGAUCGCGGGCCAUGACUGGGGUGGUCUGAACGCCUGGAGAUUCAGUCUGUACCAUCCCGAGCGCGUGCUGGCUGUGUGCGGCGUGUGCACUCCUUUCGUGCCGCCUCGUAAGCAGUACGUGUCGCUCGAGGACAUGUGCAAGUUCGUGCCCCAGUUCAAGUAUCAGCUCUUCCUAGCGGACGCCAAGAACUCCGGCAAGGCGUUGGACGCGUCCCCGCGCCGUCUAGCGACCGCCAUCUUUCGGCGCAAGUCCGAGUACGGUCCCAAGGAGGAGGCGCUGCCGCUGCACGAGUUCCUGCAGGUCAUCGACAAGGACGUGGACCACUUGAUGUUCAGGGAGCGCUCGUCGAUGCUGUCGGAGGACGAGCUGCAGUUCUACGUGGACCAGUACGCGCAGAGUAAAUUCACCAGCGCCAACUGGGUCUACGCGACCAAGAAGGUCGACUUCGAGACGGAGAAGGACCUCCCGGGCACGAUCGAGCACCCGGCACUCUUCAUCGGAGCGGCGGACGACCCCGUGCUCAAGCCGGAGAUGGCCAAGACCAUGCCGCAAGUGAUCCCGAACCUGGAGAUGGAGCUGGUCGAGGACGCCGGUCACUGGGUCCUCUUCGAACAGCCCGAGGCCGUCAACUCCAUCCUGUCCAAGUGGCUGGCCAAGGUCACCAGCCCGUAA